CUCGUGCUUUAUUCAUUUCAUCGCACGUACAUCAUCCCCCAUAUUCAGCACUUUGACGUCACUCCUUUGCAAUUCAUGCGUUCCGACUACCUGAUCACGUAACUAAAUUGUCGUCAUCAAACUGCUCGUGAUGGCAGGUCGGAAAAGACGAAAAGCUAGCCUUGCGCAGCGUCCGCAAGAUCAAGCUGAAUCAAUAGACCUUUCCGCUGAUGUCAAACUCGUAGUUCUAGACUAUAUAACGCGCCCCUCUGACCUCAAAGCUCUAUGCUUAACCUCGAAAGCCUGGCGCAGUGUCGCCACCCCACGCCUAUAUUUAAAUAUUGAACUCUAUAUACAUGACCGGGAUGACAUUUCUAGGUUCAUGAGGUGUAUUGGAGCUGGUGCUUCAUUGCAUUUGAAGGCUAUUAGGCGUCUGACCUUCAUAGACGAGGAGGGGCCGCCAGAGUCGAUCCUCGUCCGCAAAGGGGAGAGGAUCAGGGGCGGGCACCAUUUCAGUACGUCAGAAAGGAACACAAGUGCGUUCUUGAUCCUACAGAUGAUCCCGCGGAAUGUUCUCCAUACCUUUAGACACCUCUCAAUCGUCUCGCUGGACCAAAGGUGCCUCAGAGCGCUUAAGCACAACCAAAAAUCCCUAAGGCAUGUUCAGUUCUCCGUGAAUGGAAACAUCUUCUUACCCGACCUUCUGAAACCUGGAUUGGAAACGCUUGAUGUUUUCUGGACGGGCGUUAGAAAACCUUACAGCGAAUUCACCAAAGAUAUCCUCAAGAAAGCGCCGAAUCUUCGGCGUCUCUGUGUGAUCGGUUGCACUAGUGACAAUCUAAAUCCCGAACCGAAUUUCAUGUACGGCGACGAUUAUACACAUCCACAUUCCAGUCUCCAAGAGCUAAGUCUAAUCGAAACUGAACUCGGGCCCAGAGGAGACAUCUGGACCAAAACCUUCGACUUCACAGCACUCACCAGCCUUGCCAUUUGGGACUGUUGUGAUGCUGAUGGAUUCUUUACGCAACUAGGACAAACCUACCGAGACAUGCCAUCCCAAUUGAAGCGUUUAGUUGUAGCCGAUAGUGAAAGCGAUGAACCUGAGGUUCUCUACGAAUCUUUGAUCAAUAUCUACAGUUCAUCCCCCAAUCUUUCUAGCCUUCAUCUCAAUAUGGCUCUCAUAGGCGAUAUUUGGGACGAUUUCUAUCAGGUUUGCCAUCUUCCCAAGACUCUGUUAUCCUUAUCCUUGCACGAUCCGGGGCUCUACAGAAGCGAUGCCGCUACUCUUUCUUUGGGCUGUUUCCAAUCUCUUUGCUACGAUUUGCCAAAAUUGCAGCAACUUGGAAUUCGGCUUCCUGACGACGGCCUUCUUAUGUGCACUGAAAAUAUCCACGACUUGGACGCUGAGUCCGUAAUACCUUAUCUAGAAAGCUUGAAAGAACUCGGCGACCUCCGCAUCCUCCAUCUUCGGCAGCCCAGAUCCAAAUGGAAUGAAGACAGUAUCCCGCGAUCGGAAGAACACAUAGCUUUCAGCCUUCAGCAAUUCGCAAACUUCUUUUUCACGUACAUGGAGUCCAGGUCGAUGUGCCCGAAACUCAAUUUUCUUGUUUGGGGCAUGUACUGGGACAGGGGGCUGUACCACUCUACCGACGAGUAUGAGGCUAUCUAUCAGCAUUGCUUUGUUCGAGGACAGCAGGUGGCCUUUGGCGAGACUAAGGCGGUGGCAAUCCCGGUUUCGCGGCGAACCCUACGAGAGUUGGCGCCGGAGCUGGAUAUCCUGGACUAUCAACCUGACUGCGGAUGGAUUGGAGCCCAACCUGGGCGCUUCUAUGAGUGAAUGGCCGGCGAAACAAAGCUGCCGAGGCGAAGGGCUUUGGGGCUACUGGUUUGGGAGAUCUAGGCUUUUCAUUACAGCAUCUACGCCUACUACAGAACACUAGAAAACUUUCAUCUUUCAAGCCAGUUGUUGGAUUGAGAGGGAACGUUAAGUAGGGUCUAAAUUUGUCAUAAAUUAGGCCCAGCCAUGUAAUAAGAGGAAAUUCUAGGUCAGGGGUCUAGGUAUAACGGGAGGGAUAGGGAGGGCUUGGCGUUGGACAAACUACUUCCUAUAUACCC